AGCGGAGCGGGGCCUGAGCGGCCUCUUUUUCUGUUAAGUCUACUUCUUGAGUUACGUAACUCAGAAUUGGAGUCUGGUCAGGAAUGGCUGUCAAAGGGUCUCUCCGCCCUCACAGCAACGGCGGCCGCACGGUUUCGAGCGCCGACCCCGAGCCGCGCUGUCCGGAUCCCGAGGUGUAAGCCCGGAGCGCCCGCUCAGCGGGCUGGGGCGCCGCAGGCGGACAGCGGCCCGGCGCGGCAGGGCGCUGUGAGUGAGUGAAUGAGUGAGUGAGUGAGGCGAAGCCGCCCGCCCCGCGCUCCCCGCCCAUCUUUCGCUUUCGUUUUCGUUUCGUGCCGGCUUUCUGCGCUGCUUAGGAAGCGGGGAGUGGGGCUGCGCCCGCCUACCGCUGUGCGGCACCUCGGGGCGACGCGGGGCGACACGGCGGCGGCAGCGGCAGCGGAGAAAUCUGCUGAGAAAUCAUCCUUCAUCACUAAACUCGCCGUUCUGCUUUCUGAAUCUGUUAUCUCACAGUCCUCUGGCAGAACUGGGGUUGUCUCUGUAGUGCUGUGUGAGGCUCAGGCACGGCCCUGAAUAUUUCUCUACAGAAUCUUCUGGUAUUCGGAUAUUGCAUCGAGAUGGACCGGGAGUGUAUGAGCAAGAUCAACAGCUACUGCCAAAAGAAUAAAUACAAGCUCGAUUAUGUCGAGGUGGACAAGACAGGCCCAUCUCAUCACCCUGAGUUUACGCUUAUGGUUAGAAUAGAUGGUAAAAAAUAUGGUAUAGCCGCUGGUAAAAAUAAGAAGGAAGCAAAAGCAGCAGCAGCAGCAAAAACGUGGGACAUGAUUGUACAAAAACAAGAUAGUCCUUCGAAUGCGCAUUCUCCAGAACCAGUGACACCUCCUCUAGUUGCAGAUGCGCCACUUCAACGUGACUACGUCAGCAUGCUAAAUGAGUACGCGCAAAAGAAAUCGUACCUGGUAGAUUACAAUAACAGAAACCGUACCGGAGACCCCCACGCUCCAGUGUUUUCUUGUAGCUGUACAAUUAGUGGUCAAGUAUAUGGAAAUGGCACUGGAAACUCUGUAGCUGCUGCAAAACAAGCUGCUGCAAGAGAAGCAUAUAGGGUGCUACAGGAGGAAGAAUCCUUAAGACUGAAAAGUGAAAACUCUAGUUCUACAUUAAAGGAAUUAGGAGGUUCACAAAGAGUGCCAACUCAGACUGAGUCACGGAGUAUUAUCUUUAAAGACUCCGCUUCAAACUUGGUAGAAAAAGCGCGGGACAUGUCACUAUCUGAAAAGCCUUCAAAUUCUCAGAGAAAUGUACCAAGUUCUGCUGUAAAAUUCAAAAGAGUGUUGGCACCUAAUUUUGAUAAUGCAAGAAACAAGGAACAGAAAAAUAUGAUGUCAAAUAUUUGCAGAAAUAACAGUGAAGCAGAUGACAAUGAGUAUACUGUGGAUGAAAGAUUUCGUCGGGAGUACAAAAAUAUAGAGCCUAUUGGUAAAGGUGGUUUUGGGAAUGUUUUUAAAGCAACAUCAAGGAUUGAUGAGAAAACCUAUGCAGUCAAACGAGUUGAGUUAAUAAAGAAUGUGAUGCGUGAAGUGAAAGAACUCGCAAGACUUGAACAUGAAAACAUAGUGCGAUAUUAUUGCAGCUGGGAAGGGACUGACCACAUGACUUAUGCAGAAUCAAGUAAGAAUUCGGCCAUAGCAGUUCCUUGCCUCUUCAUCCAAAUGGAAUUAUGUGAACAAGGGCCACUGGACAAAUGGAUUGAAAAUAAUGGACAAAAUGAAACCUAUCAUAAGAUGGCACAAGACAAAUUUUUACAAAUACUGAAAGGAGUGGACUAUAUUCAUUCUAAAGAUUUAAUUCAUAGAGAUCUCAAGCCUCAGAAUAUAUUCCUAUCACAUGAAGGUAAAAUAAAAAUAGGUGACUUUGGUCUUGUGACUUCUGUGAAAUAUGAAACACUGACUAAGAACCGAGGAACACAGUCAUAUAUGGCACCAGAGCAGUUUGGGGACAGAUACGGAAAGGAAGUAGACAUUUAUGCACUGGGAUUGAUUUGGUUUGAAAUUCUUUCUGCGUUGGUCAGUCAUCAUGAGAAAAACAGGGUAUGGGGGGAUGUUAGAGAUGGUCAAUUUCCACCGAACUUCAACAAGCAAUUUAAAAUAGAGGUACCCAUAAUCAAAAGAAUGCUUUCAAAAGACCCCUCAAAAAGAUGGCCUGUGUCUCGAAUACUUGAUAUUUUGAAGUCUGCUGAUAAAGACCACUCACACAGAGCUUAUAGUCACUAAAUGCCAUUUUAGAAGGCUUUCAGACUGUGCUGUCUUGUGGCAUGUGAUUCAAACCUUUCUGAUUUGUUCACAGUGAUGUUUAUAUUAAUUACUAGACUUCUCCCUUUUAAGACCAGAGGAGAUGAUGUGCUGCACGGGAAAGGCUACUUUUGGUAGAAAAAAUACUAGAUACAGGUGUGGGUUAUUCUUGACUGAAUUUCAAUUCUUUACGGUGAACUUUCUUCUCACUAAGUAUUCCUUAAAACACCUAGCACCUUCAGUACUCUAAAAUUUAAAAACACUUACUUUUUAAAAUGUACUUUAAAAUUUUGAACAUUCAAAUUUUAAGUAUUCAGCUUCUGGGAAAGAAAGAUAUUUGUUCUAAACUUUUGAAAACUUCAGUUUGUUUUUUUUUUUGUUUUGUUUUCUCCUUUAUAGGAACAGGUAGGGUGCUCUUAAUACAGAAAUACUCUCCAAGUUUUCUCAACAGCAACCAUUUAAAAACCUUUCUCAUGAGAGCACCUUAGACAUCCUCUUCUAUACUGUAAGGUUUUAAUCACUUAUUAGGGCAUUGAGGCAUCUCUCUCAGUCUGCAGGUGUACUGAACACCUCUGCUGGCCUUACUGUCAGCUCAACAUAAGGUAUGAGCAGAUUCCCUGUUACUAUUUGGUUAUAUACUUAAAAGAUUUCAUGUUUGACUGAAUAAGAAGAGCUGUGCAAGGAUGAAAAGAUGGGCAAAUUAGUCCUUCUGAUUCUCAUCUUGGAAUAGUUUGAAAAGGUGCAGUUCAUUGCUGUGGAAUCUGCUUAAUUCCAUAAAGGAAAAUGCAGCAAGACUUCUAAGCAGGAAAGUAUGACAUGUAUUAGAGAUAAUGCAGCAUAUGAUUUUUCUCAAAUGUUAAACAGAUUAAAAGUGGUUGGUUGGUUAAAAUCUGAAUGAAUGUGUGAAUUUUUAUAGUCUUGGAGAAACUGUUGCUAAAUAGCCAUCUGAUUUUAACACUCUUUUGUAUGAAUUCAAGUUGUUCCCCCUCCCCUUAUAAUGAAUGUUAUUCUUCAUAAAUAAAGUAUUCCAUUAUUUUGGACUAAUGCA